AUGAAUUCAGAAAAUUCCAUUAAUUCGGAAAGUGGUAUGAAUUCGGAAAAUGGUGUGAAUUCGGAAAAUGGUGUGAAUUCGGAAAAUGGCGUUAAUUUAGAAAGAGAGCUGAAUUCAGAGAAAGCUAUGGAUCCAGAAAAUGGUACGAAUCCAGAAAUAGUAAGAUCAAAAACGAACAAG